CUCAGUAAUGCUUGUGGGAAGCACAGGAGCUAGAAGGCAUUCCAGCAGGCUCCAGCUGAAGAGACAGCACUACGUAGUUUUCCUUUAAUUAGGCAGUGUCAUUGUUGUCAGGGCAACUGAGAACAGCGGUGUAUCAUAUUUUCUCCUUCUGUGCUGCAUGCUGAAUAUUUCAGUGUGCUCUUUGCCGGCACAGGGGUUAGGGAAAGGUGCUGUAGUGCAGCAGAUUCUGCUUGGCUGGAGGCCAGCAAGAAGGACCAGCUAGUGAUUUUCACACCAGCCAUUGGAUCAGGGGGGGAUUCUGGCAUUGGUCAUCCUUCCCGGCUUUCUCCCAUUAUCCAUGGGGAGAUCGGUGACAAGCUUCUACAUGUCCACGCUGCCCUAGUGACAGGCUCUUCUUGGGGAACUGCCAGAGAAGAGCAGGAUACAUGCUUAUAUUCCUGAGAACCAGGAAGAAGGGAAAGGUGGCAAGAAACAUGCCAGGAUCGAAAAAAGCUGCCCGGCAGGAGAGGGUGAAGAAAUCUGGGGCACGGCCUGCACCCCCACUUUUAUUCACCAUUAACGAGGAAGAUGAACAGCAAAAGAAUGGCAGCAGCAAGAAGGUAAAAGAUUCUGACAGUCUUCAUGGUAAAAGCCAAGAGAAGAAGGCGGGGUUGAGUCAUCCUAGAAAAGACCAUGCUCUAUCAAAAUCUGAACCUCAUCUUGUCUUGAAGGUCGAUGAGAGACAAAGACUUGCCCGAGAGCGUCGAGAGGUACAGGAGAAAGUCAUGGCUGCACGGGAGAAUCUAUGGUUAGAGAAAGAAAUUAGAGCACGGCAGCACUAUGAGAAGCAUAUGGAGGAACGCAGGAAAAAGCUAGAGGAACAGAGGGUCAAAGAAGAAAGAAGGCGCGCCGCUGUGGAUGAGAAACGCAGACAGAAACUGGAAGAAGAAAAAGAACGCCAUGAAGCAGUAGUGAAGCGUACAAUACAAAGGAGUCAGAAGCCAAGACAGAAGAACAACAGAUGGUCUUGGGGAGGCUCUCUGCAAAGCAACCCAAGUAUAAGUAACUCAGGUUACUUUGUUGACUCAUCUUUCACCAAUAUCGAUUUUUCUGACCUGGCUCUUCGUUUCCAAGCCAAGGGUUAUGUUAGAAGAGAUCCAGAAAGGAGGUCAGUUUCAACAAUGAACCUUUCGAAACAUGUUGAUCCCGUUAUUAACAAGCGACUCUCCACCUCUUCCGCAACAUUACUUAAUUCUCCAGACAGAGGUCGGCGACCACAACUUAGCCCAUGGGAGUCCAGUGUGGUGUCAAGACUGCUGACACCAACACAUUCGUACUUGGCUAGGAGUAAAAGCACAGCUGCUUUAUCUGGAGAUGCAGUUAUCCCCAUUUGUCCUCGUUCAGCAUCUUGCAGCCCCAUAAGUCCUCAGGCACAAAAGACUCCAACAAUUAAAAGUUCAGAGAGAUACAAGACUUUCCUUACAACUCCAGAGGCUGUAUCUAGGCGGAGAACCACGCACAUGGCAGGAUCUGGCAGUGGAGAAAAAAAAGAAAAAAGAGAGGAUGAAAAGGAAAAUAAACUACGAACGCCUACUUCCACUGUAAAGAGGGGCCAUUCUCCUAGAAUCUCAAGAGCAAAAUCGCUAGCAGCUCUAUCUGGAGGACAUCAACAGAAGUCAUCAGUCAUUUUAUCUAGUGCAUCUAAGCCAGCACCAUCUCUUUCUAACAGUUCCAAAGCGGUAACUACCCCUCAGCGUCCACCAUCACCUGGAAAUGUCCGACCAAUAAAAAAGGAAAGCAAAAAAAAGACUGAAGCCAAACAAGCUGAGGUCACAGCUAAGGAAAACACAGAGCCUAAGAAUUCUUUACCAGCAGAUGUAGAGCAAAGCAAGGAGGAAAGGCUUCGCAGCCCAAGUCCUGUUACAAAAGAAACUGUACAAGCGUUGCCAUCUACACCAGUUACACCAUCACCUACAGUGUCAAAUAAGCCAUUUGCUGGGAUCAAUAACCCAGAAGAAGCAACCAGGAUUCUUGCAGAAAAAAGGAAACUUGCUCGAGAACAACGGGAGCGAGAAGACCAGGAAAAGAGGGAAAAAGAGGAGGAAGAACGGAAAAAGAAGGAGGAAUUAGCUCGGCGGAAAGCUGAAGAGAGAGCUAAACGAGAAGAGGAGGCACGACAGCAGGAAGAAGAAAGAAAACAGGAGGAGGAAAAGGAGCUCCAAGAAAGGGAAAAGAUUCUCAAACAGCAAGCAGAGGAGCGAGAGCAGAAGGAUCGCGAGGAAGCAGAGCGUCUGCAGAAACAAAAAGAAGAAGCACAUCGCAUAAGAUUAGAACGCGAAAAACAUUUUCAAAAUGAGGAAAAAGAGCGCUCUGAGAGGAAGAAGCGACUGGAUGAGAUCAUGAAGAGAACAAGACGUAGUGAACCUGGGGAUAAGCAAUCCUCUGUUCAAAGUAAUGGAGAAAUACCAAAAACCAUAGAGAAUACAGGCAUCACAUCAUCUUCUUUACCAGAGGAACAAGAACCUGCGUUCCUUCAGGGUACAACAGAAACUCCUCGCAAUGGAGAAUUAUUGACUUCCUCACCAAGGAUUAUUACUUUUCAACAGACUUUACCUGUUGACAGCAUAGAGAAGCAACCCAAUGAAAAUGGGUUAUGUACACCAAACAACAACUUUGAAGAGAUCAUCAAUUUGCCUGUUGGAACUAAACCAAUCAAACUUGAUGCUCUAAAUAAUGAAGAGAACAGUAUGGAGAACCUUCCUCGGAAUCCAAUUCUAGCUUUUGAAGUUGAUAAUGUACAAACGGCAGAGGUCAUCUGAACAACCUGACGGAACAUAGAAAUCACGUUUAAAGCCCCAGGGAUUCUUUCCAAGUAAUGAAGGAAGGAUUGUUUACUUUAUAAGUUAUUGACUGAAUAUCCGAAGAGGGGAAAAACUAGAUUCAUACCAGCUUUUGGGAUUGCUGCUCUGUGUAAGCUGACCCUUGAUUUUUAGUGUGCAGUGCAUAAAAAGGGAUUUCCCUCAAAUUUCUGCUUCUGGCACCUAUUUUUUUUGAAGUUUUUACAAAUGUUGAAGGAGAUGAUCUAUAACUGAAAGCACCAAGGCAGUUUAUAGGACUUUCUCAAGACUGGUCUGUUUUAAAUGUAAUUGUUUAACCUGCUAGUAAUAUUUUACACUGUAUAUGUUUAAUACUUGAAUACACCCUCAUAGCUCUACAUGUAGGGCUAUAGAGUGGUCUCAUUUAAACCAUCUGGUUUAAAUAUUAUUGCUGAGGACUCCAUUUAUAGGGGCUUUAAUGUAUAGGCUACUGAAUCAGGUUCUCUGAAUUGUAAUUACUACUUGGCUGUUUUAAUCAUCUCAUCUGUUUUAUUUCUUUUUCAUUGUAUUUGAAACAAAAUGACAUUCCUUCAUCGGAUAAAUAGGUACAAUGAUUUUAAGCUUUUUUUUUUGUUUUUAUCACUUAAAAAUCAAGCUUUCUCAUAACAAGUUAUACCUUUUUAUGGUAAACUCUUGAAUAUUUUGCUGUACAAUAACAAAUCUUUAAGGAAAAACUCUAUAUUAUAACUUAUUUUUGUCAGCUUUUCUUACCCACGGGUGUUUAUUUGCCUUACAAAACACACAGACCUAUAUAUAUAUAUAUAUAUAUAUAUAUAUAUAUGAAGAGAGAGAGAAAGAUGUUUAUGUAUAAAGAGGGGCGGAUUCAAAUAAAAGAGUAAUUAUAAGUAUUGAGAAUAGCUCUAUGCUCGUUUCAGAGCAAAAGAAAAUGAACGAUUCUUCUAAAUUAACACUUUACUUUUUUGGGGGAUGUGGGUCUUUAUUUUUACACUAUAUCACACACAAGCACUCAGUUUUUACUUUCAUGUAUGUCUUUCAGAUGCUAUUUCGUAAAUGUGCACUUCUUAAACCACACUGCUCUUAUUCACUUAUUUGUGUUGUCUAACAAAGCCGACCGACCGGGUGAUGAAACACUGGCUCAUAAAACCGUAUUGAUGAUUGUAAAGGAGGUUAGAGAUAGCCUGUCUAGGAAUACAGCACAGUAUGCACAGUCACAUGCUAUUUUUUUGGGGAGGCUAAUGCUGUGAAGGCAUCUUAGAAAUGUUUUGAUGGGCAUUACUGGCUAUUCUACCGAUUUGCAGCUAUUUAUGUCUUACAGGGUACAUACACUGUGCAAAGAAAACAUUUUUCCUGUUACAGUGCAGCAAAUGUCACAAGAGAAACAGAUUUACAUUAAAUGCUAUUCAGUUCACUUUUCACACAGAAUCCAAUGUAGUAUAUCAAAUUGAGUUUUUUUUAUUUUUUUGUUGGUUGUCCUUAUGUCCAUGUACAUAGAAGUUCUAUUUAAGAUGAUAACAAUGCUUAAAUCAUGUAGUUUUUAUUUCUCUACUCUAUAUAUAGCAUGUCAUUAAUGAAUAAAUUUGUUUGAACUAAUUUUAAUGAAA